GAAAGGUACAGUAAUCGGUGUUGACAUUGAAACUUUUUCCGUAUACAUAUGCAAGUAACUUCAGGCUAUACUAGUACUACGUACGCCUCAUACAAACUGGCAUAAAGCGCAACCGAUGGAAGAACUACCAGAAACUGCGGGUCACUCACGCGUGCGAUCCGCAUGAAAGAUUUCUGCCCGACUCGAAUUCCGUUAUCAGUUCGCGAAGUUGGUCAGAUUGAUCAUACGUGUACAUGUUUCGAACGUUAUUUCGGGAAGGGCCUGGGUUCCUCGGUGGCUGGCCGCCGAGGUCAAAUCCGUACCUCGUCAUUUGCAUACACUUCCACAUAUUCUAAUCCUUGCUGUUGUACUACGGUCCUGUACGUUCUUGUGAAGUUGGAGCAUUAAUUUCUUUACCGCUGGGCCCUGGUCUAUGCCACCUCCGACAUCCUCUAGUUCUUGGCUUGCUGCGCGCCGCUUCGGGAUAGUUAUUGACGCUGGCUCGUCGGGUUCAAGGCUUCAGAUAUACAGCUGGGAGGACCCCGAUGUCGUGCUUAGCGAGCAGGGAGAUGAUGUACGGGAUAAAUUGCCCAAGGUAGAGAAGGGUGUCCAGGAAGGAGAUGGUUGGAUAAUGAAGGUUGAACCGGGUCUUUCUACAUUCGCAGAUAACCCGGAGGGCGUAUCUGAAUACCUUGCACCUCUACUUAAACAUGCACGUUCUCAGAUACCUCCUUCCCUCGAAUCCGAAACUCCCCUUUUCCUCCUCGCUACCGCUGGUAUGCGCCUUUUGACACCGGUGCAGCAAGCGCGCGUGCUCACUGCCACAUGUAAGUAUCUCAAAAGCGCCUCGAGCUUCCGGAUAGACGACGAAUCGAAGGACGGUCCGUGUGGGUCUAGUGUACGAAUUAUCACUGGCGAGGAGGAAGGCUUGUAUGGAUGGAUAGCAGUGAACUAUCUCAUGGAUGGGUUUUACGGAAAGGAUAAGAAGACGACCUAUGGCUUUCUGGACAUGGGAGGCGCUUCGACCCAGAUAGCCUUUGAGCCAUCUGAUACGCUAUCGGGAGAUAAGGAGAACUUGGUUGAUGUCCGCUUACGACUACUUGGCGGAGACGAAGUCAACCACUCGGUAUUUGUCACUACGUGGUUGGGCUACGGUACCAAUCAGGCACGAGAGCGAUAUGUUGCCAAGGCCGUCGAGGAUUUCAAAGAGACUUCGCUCGAGACCUUGGAAUCGCCAUCCAUACCUGACCCGUGCCUCCCAAAAGAUCUGACACUUUCCGAGAUCCUUCCUCAAAUUGAUGGGUCACAUUCAACACAUCGGCUCGCUGGGACAGGUUCUUUCACUCAAUGUCUGGAUCGUACUGCUUCCCUCCUCAACAAAAACGCGCCUUGCAAUACUGCUCCAUGCCUUUUUGAUGGAGUCCAUGUUCCUGCGAUCAACUUUGCUUCCUCCCACUUUAUUGGUGUUUCCGAAUACUGGUAUUCAUCCGAACAUGUCUUCGGGCUCGGCGGCCCGUAUGAUUACGUGCAGUACGAGCGCGCUGCGACAAAGUUUUGCGGGAGGGAAUGGAGUGGUAUAGUUCGCCAACACGAUCUGUUGAGGGCGCAGGGUAUGCGAGGCGGUGAUGGGGAAGUUAUGGAAAAUGGAGAGGUUAUGGAGGUCGGGAAGUGGGGCAAGAAUGUGGAGCUUUCGAGAUUGCAGAUGCAGUGCUUCAAGGCCGCUUGGAUAGCCAACGUGCUACAUGAAGGGAUUGGGAUUCCACGGAUAGUAGACCCAGAAGGAAACUCCACCACGAUUGGUGAAGCAGUGGCACACCAAGCUGAAGCGAAGGGUUUGGGAAGACCUGUGUUUCAAUCUGUCGACUCUGUGGGAGACAUCGCCAUUAGCUGGACACUGGGUAAAAUGGUGUUAGAAGCUAGCAAGGAAAUCAAACCAUCUUCAAGCAGUAGCAGGCCGCUUGCUGAUCCCAUAGACGAUAUUCCUGCUAGCACACCCAACCCUCCUAUCAAACCCAUUCGACCGUUCUGGGAUAUCGACCUGUUAUUAGAAGACCACGUCUCCCCACACCUGCCAGCAUCUUUGACCCGCGAGUCUUUGGGAUUUUCGUUCAUCACCGUGCUCUUCUACGGCAUCGUCCUAAUUGUGGUGAGCUACAUCAUCUUCCGUCUACGACAUCCAUUACGCGUUGCCCGGAGGCGCAUCUUACGUGGCUCAUUUAAACGUGAAUUGCAUGGAACCUACGCGAUGGAGGAAGGAAUUGCGACCUCACAUCCUCCGUCGCCUUCGAAUUCCUCUUUUCUCCCCCCGUCUCUGUUACGACCCCUGCGCCGUAUUGUGUCCUCCUCAACACCACCAUCACGUCCGCGUUUGACUCCCAUCUCCACCUCACUUCAUCCUCCAUUACUUCGACAUACUCAAGCCGUAACACUCUCACCUCCUCCUUAUCACAACGCUUCAGACGGGUUCACUACAUCUACAUCACAUUCUCACUCUCGCGCUUCGUCACCCAUAGCUGCCACCGCUCCUGACGACACGAUAAUGACGAGCAGCCGAUCUUCGAUUUCUUCCAUCAAUCCACGUUCGCGAAACUCGUCGCAUAUGAACUUGACACUAUUUCCAAGGCAGACUCUUUCUCGUGCAAACAGUGUAUUACAGUUACUACCUGACGAAUGAACGUUGGUUGAACGGGCUCAGAAUUGGACCACUGGGCAUUAUCGUUGUCGACAGGACCGGGGGUAUCUCAUUGCUUGCUGUGAUGUUGGUAGCAUAACUUAUACUUUUCGUACUUUAGUGCUUGAAAACGAUGUACUAACUAGGCUUUCUUGCAACUUACUGUCGCGGAACUCUAAUUUUUGAGUUUUA